AAUUCUUUUUGUCCUGUAACGAUUUUCUGUUAAGAGAGAAUGGAAGUGUUGCGUCUUCGGGCGUUCAUCAGUACAAUAUUAUCCAUUUGACUCCCAUGGAACAGUACUAGGUCCUAGUAAAUGAGCUACUCUGAAAGUGCUAGUGAUAGAAUACAUUUAUCUAAAUCGAUAGGCCACACUUAGAGUCUCUAGUGCUGGAUGUUGCUGGGAUGGUGGGUGCCGAGUAUAGUUCACUAAUAUCGUUAUCCGACGGAGUUCUUGUGACUGUGUGAGCUAGAAGUGAAAAUGGAGGAUUUGGUGGUGGCAAUGGCAGCCGCAAUGUUUCCCCACUCACCUGUUACGUCUGAGAGUGGUGAAGAUGCUUCUAAUGGCCAUGCAGAACGUCCAAUACGGAAAAUUUUUGUUGGCAACAUUAGUCCAGGUACGACUCGGGCUGAGUUAAAGGAAUGUUUUGACUCAUAUGGUGUUGUCCUGGAUGCAGUUGUUAUAGUGGAUAAGAAUGCCUGCAAAAGAAAAUAUUAUGGAUUUGUUACAUUUCUGGUCCCAGCACAGGCUUGUUCAGCCAUGAUGAAGAGUAAGACCUUGCAUGGUAUCACACUGAAUGGCAAGAGACUAUAUGUGGCACCUGCUGACAGCUGGCACCAACCAUAUCAAGCAGCGGAUGGUACAUUAGUCCUUGAUCCAUGGCGGGGAUCACAAAGUGCUAGUGCUGGUGGUACCAAGAAAGUAGCUCCCAUACUGCAGCAAGAUACAGAUGUAGAAGAGUCUCUGUGUAUGGUCAAUAUCCUCAACGAUGACUGUCUUAUGCAUGUUUUUUCCUAUCUGUCAUGCUAUGAAAGGAUUGCAAUUGAACGAGUGUGCAAAAGGUGGCAGUCCAUCAGCCAAAUGAUGUGGAAAUCAACUCGUGAACUCUGUGCAAAGAAAUUGCGGAAUAUACAUAAGAGUUUGCCAGCCAUUAUACAGCGCUGUGGUAGCAGUCUAAAGAAACUAGACCUGUCGCAUGAUACACAGACAAUAAGCAGAGAGACAGUUGUUUGUGUUGGGCGUUAUUGUAGGGAGCUGGAAGAACUGCGCAUAACACAUUCUCGGCUUAAUGGUUCUACAUUGCGGCCUCUCAAUGGACCACAACUACGUGUCCUGGAUUUAACAGGCUGCUGUGGAAUAUCAGAUCGGGAUUUAUCUCACUUAUUAGUGAAGUGCCCUGUGUUGGAGAGACUGUCAGUUGCAGGAUGGUUCCGUCUCAGUGGCUGGGGUCUGGGACGUGUCAGCAACUCACUCCGCCACCUCACAUUAGAUGGGUGCACAGGGCUUGAUGGCAAACAGGUUGCACGUGCGGUUAAAACUAUAACAAAGCUGGAUUUGAGUGCAAAUUGCAGCUUGGGUGAUAUAGAUGUUAAACACAUACUGGAUAGUGCCAAAAAUUUGGAAGAGCUUACAAUGGCACAAUUAUUUCCUCUUCUUAAUGGGAGGGCAUUCUCUGCCAUCGCUGCCAAGGGCGAGCAGCUUACACUUCUAGAUCUAAAAUUUAAUGCAUCUUUAACUGAUGACCUGUUAAUUUCUAUUGUAAAUAGUUGUAUCAAUAUGAAAGAAUUGAAUGUAGAAGGUUGCUGUGCAUUGAACAACAUUGCUUUGAUUAUGGAAUGCCUUUCGGCACUGAAGAAUCUGGAGAUCUUGAUCAUGAGCUAUCUGCCAGGGAAAUCGGAUUCAUGUAUGCUGCAGUUUAGAGAGGAAGGUUUUCCAGCACUCAAGAAGUUGGAGAUGCGUGGCAGCCCUUACCUUGGAGACAUUGGCACUGCUUGUAUACUGUCUCUUUGUUACAAACUUGAGUGUCUUGAUAUAAGUGGCUGUCAGUGUGUCACCACUAAAGGCCUUAGUUGUGCACUGGCACAACGUAAAAGUUCAGUUCCGCUUCAGAUUAUUGUAGGAGGAACUUCUGUAUCAGAAGGCUCACUCCAGCCUCCAAGCUCAGUGGCCUUGAGUUUCCACAACAACUGCACAGACCACCUUAGGCCCGAUUUUGUAGACGAUUAUCUUCUCCCUAUGUUUGAAGACUACAGUGAUGAUGAUUUCAUCGACUCUGACAACGAGUAUGACUUCGGUAGUGGUAUUGAUGAAUAUGAUAGUGACAUGUCUGAUUCAUAUGAUGCAUUUGAAGAUAAUAAUUUAUAUCCAGAACUGUUUGGUGAUACAUUUCUUCUCUAUCAUUAUUUAUACUGAAACACUGAGGGCAAAGUGUUUAGAAAGGUGCUUCUUGCCAUUCAGAUAAGAAAAGUUUUCUGUUGUAUUAUGUAAAUUAAAAAAAAAACAUUUUUGAGGUUGUCAGAAGUUGCCCAUUGCUUAGUAUUUCAUAUGGUCACAUUUUUAUAUUUGAAAAUUGACAUGGCAGUUAU